GAGAGACAAGGGGAUAGGAAAAGCAAUGAAAGUGGAACGAGUAUAUUCUUUGAAUAGAACAUGGGCUGGUCACCCAGCUUCAAUUGUGCUUUACUUUGUUAAGCCUGCGAAGCAAACCGACCCUAAGAAGCAAAGACCCAUUUCCCUUCCCUAUAUCUAUCUACACGCAGAGCGAUAGAGAGAGAACCCAAACCCUCUCUUUGCUUUUUGAAAGGGUGAUCCGAAUAGAGGGAGCGAGGAGAUGGAAAACAAAACAGAGAUAGCUUUCUUCGACGUUGAAACCACGGUCCCGACCCGACCCGGCCAGGGGUAUGCUAUACUUGAAUUCGGGGCCAUCCUUGUCUGCCCCCAGAAGCUAGAAGAGAUCAGGAGCUACUCGACCUUGGUCCGACCCUCCAACCCGAAGCUCAUAUCUUCCUUGUCCGUACGGUGUAAUGGCAUCACACCAGAAGCUGUGGUUUCAGCACCGUCCUUCGCUGACAUUGCUGACACGGUCUACGACAUCCUCCAUGGGAGGAUAUGGGCGGGGCAUAAUAUAGUCAGAUUUGAUUGUGCGCGAAUAAGAGAGGCGUUUGCGGAGAUUGGAAGGGCAGCACCAGAGCCAAAGGGGACUAUUGACUCGUUACCAUUAUUGACUCAGAAGUUUGGAAGGAGAGCUGGCAACAUGAAGAUGGCAAGCCUUGCAACUUAUUUUGGGCUUGGCAACCAAACACAUAGGAGUUUAGAUGAUGUAAGAAUGAAUCUUGAGGUUCUUAAGCAUUGUGCUACUGUCCUAUUCUUGGAAUCAAGCUUCCCAGACGCAUUUCCAGAAAACCAUUGGGUUUCCCCUAAUGCUAUCACAAGAAGUCGUAUAAAUGGAAAAUCCCCAGUCCUAAACAAGAAUUCUCCGUCUUCGAGUUCACACGUUAAAAGCGCCCCUGCCCUGUCUCCUGAAAAUGAUAGAACUGCUGAGGCCCAAUAUUCUGUUGCAUCUAAUACAGCUCAUCCUGAUACAUUUGACAUGGUCGCACUUGGCAAUGAAAUGAAUGCUGCCUCCUUUCAACCAGAUGUGGCCAUGGAGGAAAACCCAAUACUACAGCCUCCUGAGAUGCCUUCUACAGUGAAUUCUCCGUCUACGAGUUCACACGUUAAAAGCACCCCUGCCCUGUCUCCUGAAAAUGAUAGAACUGAGGAAAAGCAUCCAGUCUUUUCUCUUCUCACAAGCAAUACUGCUGAGGCCCAAUAUUCUGUUGCAUCUAGUACAGCUCAUCCUGAUACAUUUGACAUGGUCGCACUUGGCAAUGAAAUGAAUGCUGCCUCCUUUCAACCAGAUGUCGCCAUGGAGGAAAACCCAAUACUACAGCCUCCUGAGAUUCCUUCUACAGUGACUGUCCCUGAAAGUUGCAGUGACGUUUUGGGUUUCUUAGAGCUUGAUGAAGUUUCUCUUUCUUCUAUUAGAGCAUUUCAUGUCCCGUUCUUUCAAGGGAGUCCUAGAAUCAAAUUAUUUUACGAGGGGGGCAUUUUGCAGCUUCACUGUCCUCGGUUGAGGAUACGGUUUGGACUAAGUACGAAGUUUUCUGAUCAUGCAGGCCGGCCACGGUUGAGUUUUGUGGUUGAUGCAUCUCCAAGUCUAUGUGAUGUUCUUGAUACAUGUGAGAGCAUUGUGUGGAAAGUUUGUGCAGAUUCGGAUUGUAGUUCUGAUUGGAGGAGUGUUGUUACCAGAAAACUGGGCUUUGUCAACAACCCUACCGUGAGAUUGAACAUACCUACUGCAGUAAAUGGCAAUGUUGCUCAAUAUGCAACGGAUAUGUAUCAGAAAGAACCAUCUGGAACCACACAAAAGCUCAUAUUCAGUAAGUUUGAUGCUACAGAGCUGGAUACCUGGUUCAAACCAGGGACCUUUGUCGAUGCAUACUUGUCCUUGGAUCCAUACGUCUAUCAGCAGGCUUCUGGCAUCCGAUUAGUGGCAAAAAAAUUAAUCAUCCAUAAUGAGUGAUGCACGAUUUGGUUGAUUAAAACUGUAACAAGCUUCCUAACAUGUAGAAAAGAAAAGUAUUUUCGUUGUUGCAAGAUUAGGCCCAUACCUAUAUUUGAAAAGAUUUGAAUGCUGACACUAAUACUCUCUAUAUUUAACCAGAAUUUAUUUAGUUGACAUAUUUAGUUCUUCAUGAA